CCCCGAUCGACCCAUUCCUCCCGUCUGAGUCGCUCUUCCUCCCUCCCCCCUGACCGCGCGUCUCCCACCUGCCUUUCGCUCGGCCACCCCCACCCACCAUGACCAAGGUUUCUAAGAAGUCCUCCAAGGAGGAGAGCUCCUCGAAGAAGAGCAAGACCUCCUCCUCUUCCUCCGAGAAGACCGAGAUCAGCUACGAGGACCGCGUCAAGAACGUCAGCGAGAUCGCCUCGCCUCUGGCCUCCAAGAAGAUGACCAAGAAGGUCCUGAAGACCGUCAAGCAGGCCACCUCCUCCAAGCAGCUCCGCCGCGGUGUCAAGGAGGUCAUCAAGGCCCUCCGCAAGAAGGAGACCGGUGUCGUUGUCUUCGCCGGCGAUAUCUCCCCGAUCGACGUCAUUUCCCACAUUCCCGUCCUGUGCGAGGACAACUCCGUCCCCUAUGUGUUCGUUCCCUCCCGCGAGGACCUCGGCGCCGCCGGUGCCACCAAGCGCCCGACCAGUGUCAUCAUGCUCCCGAACCCCAACAAGAAGCUCGACUCCUCCUACGCUUCGGCCCACUCGGAGCUGGUCACUGAGGUCAAGGAGCUGCCCUCGGUUCUCCAGGCCUAAGCGCACGUAUGUGUCGCCUUCCGUAUGACUUCACCCCCCCCCCCAUCCCUCGUCUCCCCGAAGUGACCCUCCCGCGCCCCUCUUCUCUUUUUAUGACCCCCCCCCAUAUACAUGUACACUCGUAGCUGGUCGUGCGGGGCCUGCUUCUUUCAUAUACAAACACACUUGUACCCAAUAAAACUUCCGACAAAGCCGA